AGAGCACGCCGAGCACAAGUCGGGCUGCCACACAAUAUAUCCCUUUCUUCUCCACACGCUAGCACGCAGCCGUACGUUCGCAAUGGCCAAACACGGCGCCGCCGCCGCUCUCCUGGUCGCGUCCCUCCUCGUGGCCGCCGCCCUCGCCGCCGGCACCGACGCGAGGAGGCCUCUUAACGCGAGGCUCGCCAUAAAUCGCGGUGCAUCUCGAGUUUUCGCGGUGCACGAGGAGGCCGUGGCGGCGGUGCCGACGCUGAGCUGCAGCAAGGUGCACGGGGUGCAGGCCGGCGAGACGUGCUUCACCGUGGCGCAGGCGGAGGGGCUGACCCAGGACGUGUUCCUCAGCUUCAACCCCAACAUCAACUGCCAGAGCGUCUUCGUCGGACAGUGGGUCUGCCUCGCCGCCACUUCCGCUUGAUCACUGCUUUGUGCUGCCUCGUCCGACGACCCACCGUGUAACCACGGUCGUGUCAUGAUCAUGAUGACUACGAAUAAGGAGAGGUUAAGCUAAGUUCCCUUGUGUUCGCCUCCACAAGCCGCCAAAUCAAAUUUCUGCUGAAGUGUGAUUGAGGUUGGCUGUCAGUGUCAAACUUUCCUGUAUUCUGGGUGACGUGUCACUCUUCAUAAAAAUUUCCAUGAAAUGAUUCCAUCAGUCGUCCAAUUUUUGUUAUGUGCCGCGUGCCGUGUGCGUGUGUCACCCGUGUGUAUGGCUGGGGUUAUAUAUUAUAGUGAAUUGGACGACCAUCUGACGUUGCUGAAGAA